CGCCCCGGCCGUGCUCCCUUCCCGGGGCGGCCUCUACCAUGGGAGCGGGGCGGGGGGGCGGGGAAUGGGCCUCGGCGGCCGGGGAGGGAGCGCCCACGCCCGCCGCUUCUUUCGUUGGAGGUGGGGACCGCUCCUGCCGCGUCGCGGGUGACCGGGCGCCCUCUCGUCUCGCAGAGGCGGCGGCAGCGCUGGGAGGCCCAGAGCCAUGGCCGACCGUUGAAGGUCUUCAUGCCAUUGUAGUCUCAGAUAGAGAUGGUGUGCCUGUCAUCAAAGUUGCCAAUGAUAAUGCUCCAGAACACGCACUGCGACCUGGCUUUCUGUCUACCUUUGCCCUUGCCACAGAUCAGGGCAGUAAACUAGGACUUUCUAAAAACAAAAGUAUCAUCUGCUAUUACAAUACAUACCAGGUGGUGCAGUUCAAUCGCUUACCUUUGGUAGUAAGUUUCAUUGCUAGCAGCAAUGCCAAUACUGGGCUGAUCGUAAGUUUAGAGAAGGAGCUGACGCCCCUGUUUGAAGAACUGAGGCAGGUUGUUGAAGUGUCUUAACCUGAUGGUAUAGCCAGACUGCAGCAUCCCUCUGCAGCCCAGUGGACAGAAAGAUUCAAUAAUCCUCAGUCAAAUAACACGUCUCGGAAGAAAUGCCACAGCUCCUUAGCAUACUAAGUAAGAGUAUAUUGUACAUAGUACUGAAUCCGAAACGAUCUACUAGUGUGUUGUCGGUGGGUGUUACUUUAGGCCAUGCUUCUUGUAUUGUGCAGUACUGGAGAGACCACCAACGUAGCUCCCGUGGAGUUCAGCUCAGCCCAGUCGGCAUCGCGCUGCUGGCUCAGGCAAGCAACCCCCAGAUCUCUCGCUUCACAGGGCACCGCGGCGGGGCCCGUCCUCGGGCCAGCUGCCGCCGCGUGUCGGGAGGCGGGGCGGCUGUGCGGCGUUAGCAAAGGGGCGGUUGAAAGAGUGUUGGGAGAGCGAGUUGGCUAGCGGCGGUGUGUCAGUACAAUCAGUAAAUAUCCCAGCCUUCUUACGUGGGUGAUGCUUGGCGAGGGAAUGCUGCUCAGCUGGGUGCUUGCUGCAUCCCACUUCCGCUAAGAAGAAAGCUGUUUCUAUGAAAGCUGUUGCUUUAGGGGUUUUCCUGAUGCCCAGAUAAAAGCACCUGAACGAUGUCUCACUUCUUCAUGGGGUUUUUGUGUAACGUGGUUGCGAAGAUCUUAUGUCUCAUAGUCUUGGGGUGGGUUCAUCACUCGUGUGACACUCUCAGCUCAUUUACCCUUUGGUUUUCCUAAGCAAAUUAUAAAUAAAAUGCAGUAUUUUUAAAUGACA